CGGACGCCGGCCAUUGGCUCCCGUGAUGCUCCACCCACCAAUGGCAUGUCGCCUUCCCCACCUGCAGAGAUGACGGCGAGCGACCUGCGGGAUCGUCCCUUCUACUGCCGCGAAUGGGUCUUCCAGAGGCUUCAGCACUGCCUGGAGGGGCUGGGCGGAUCGCGGGCCCCCGGCAUCCUGAUCACAGGGUGUAAGGGGGAUUUGAACGAGACAUUCAAAAGGCUGGUCCUCUUGCCGCUGGCAGAACUCCCUCCUCCUUCUCAGAACCUUUUGCUGCUGGUGGAUUCUGUGGACGAGAUGUGCUGCUGUUGUCGCUCAGAUGGGUUUGGGGCGGAGUCCAGCUGUACCAUCGCCGAGUUGCUGGCCAAUCACCACGAGCUACUCCCGCCAUGGCUGCUGUUGGUGUGCACGGCACGGAGGCAAAACAAGACCGUCACCAGGAUGUUUACAGGUUUCCGGAGAGUGUGCCUGGACGACCUGCGCAAAGCUCACAUCGUGCGUGACGUCCAGCAGUACAUCCUGUGCCGCCUGGACCGCGAGGAGACUCUGCGGCAGCACCUGACCCUGGACACCGCCGAGAUGCUCAACCAGCUUCACAUAAAGAGCAACGGCUGCUUCCUGUACCUGAAGCGCGUGCUGGACGGGGUGUCCGAGGGCUCCAUCCUCCUCCGGGAGGUCCGCCACAUCCCCGGGACUCUGAACGGGCUGUACCUGUGGAUGUGCCAGCGCCUGUUCUCCGGGCGCCAGUUCUGUCAGGUGCAGACCUUGCUGAACGUCAUCCUGGCGUCGCCGUCUCCGCUCUCGCCUUCCCAGCUGCACAGAGCCGUGUGGACCAAACAGAUGAAAGGCUGGAGUGUGGAGGACUUCAACAAGGUCUUGGAGUCCGUCUCUUCCCUGCUACACCCAACGGGGGUUCCUCAGAACUGGCUGGUGCUCUUCCAUCACAGUUUCUCCGAGUGGCUGCUGGAUGUAAAGUACUGCACACAGAAGUAUCUCUGCAGCGUACCGGAGGGCCACAGCAUGCUGGCCAUGAGCUUAUCCGCGAGGGCCCCCAGUUUGUCCCCUGCUGAGGUCCAACAGCUGGCCAGGCACCUCCUGAUGUCUGACCUCCGAGGGCUAGAUCCCUCUCACUUGGCUCUGUGGCUUUUGUGGACCGGAGUUCCUGUAUCAGAUUGUUUGGCCUCUGACAUUCCCCUGGAACUGGAAGUUUUGCAGCUGCUGCUCCUAGCCAGAUCUAAAGUAGACGGAAUUCCAACUGUAGAAGACUCCAGAGCCCUGAGAAGGACCCUGGAACGCGCCGGCUCGGUGGAAAUGAUGUUGGAUGGCGGAGGUAGUCUCAACAAACGGGAUCGAGCUGGACGGACCCUGCUGGCUGCAGCAGCCCAUGUUGGGAAUUUGGAAGCCGUGAUCCUCAUGAUUUCCAGAGGAGCCAAUCUAGAGGCCACAGAUGAAGAUGGACAAACACCUCUAGGCUUGGCAGCUCACCGGGGCCACCUUGGGAUCAUUGAGCUCCUGCUUGAACACGGUGCCCGUCAUGAUCACACGGACAGUCGGGGGUGGACCCCCCUGCGGGCCGCCUCCUGGGGAGGCCACACGGAAGUGGUGGAAGCACUUCUUGCUGUUGGAGCUCAACCCGAUGUCUCUGGCCGCGACGGACGCACCGCGCUCAGGGCAGCAGCCUGGGGAGGGCACGAGGGGCCUGUGAAGGCCCUGCUAAGAGCCGGAGCCAGGAUAGACCAUGCCGAUGUGGAGGGCAGGACUCCCCUAAUGGCUGCUGCAUACAUGGGCCAUCGCGCCGUAGCAGAACUCUUGCUGGAAUCUGGGGCUGAUGUGAAUAAGUUUGAUUUGGAGGGCCGAACUGCCCUUGCCGUAGCCUGUCUGUGUAUGCCCGCUGGGAACAUGUACCCAGAGAUGGUGUCACUGCUACUGGAACAUGUUGCCGAUCCCGAGCUGGAAGAUAAAGAGGGAGUCACACCACUACUGGUCGCCGCCUAUGAGGGGAAAGAAGAGGUAGCAGAACUUCUGCUCGAGGCAGGCGCCAACCCUGACAAACCUGGCAAGGGUCAGAUGACACCACUCCUGGCAGCUGCCUUAGGGGGCCACUCUGAAACGGUCCGGGUCCUGCUUCUGUGGGGUGCCACCACUGACAUGAUGGAUAAUGAGGGGAGGUCGGCGCUCCUGUUGGCAGCUGCUGCCGCUGGAGGAGAGCAGGCCGUCAGGGUGUUGAUGGACAGAGGGCUUAACGAGAAUCACCAGGAUCUACUGGGAUGGACCGCACUGCACUGGGCAGCCUGCGAGGGCCGGAAAAAUGUCUGUCGCACCCUGAUAGAAGGAGGGGCCAAGCUGGGCAUUAGAGACAGUGAGGGGAACACACCUCUCCUGCUGGCAGCUCAGGAAGGGCACACGGGCUGUGUAGAGUUACUGAUAAACCGUGGAUCCCCUGUAGACCAACGUGGCAGUGACCACAUGACGGCUCUAUGUUUUGCAGCUCUCGGGGGCCACAAAAGCACAGUGAAACUACUACUGAAAAAAGGAGCAGACCCCGAUGUGAAGGCCAGUCAGGAGAAGCCCCUCCUGUACCUGCUGGCUCUGCAAGGACUGACGGACAUGGCUGAAAUUUUGUUUGACCACGGAGCCAACCCCGAGGUGAGAGACUUGGAGGAACGCACGGCUUUGCACGCCUCCUGCUGGCAAGGAGACUGGGAAAUGGCACGCAUCCUUCUACUAAAGGGCAAGGCCAACUGCAAUGCCUUCGACAGGGAAAGAAGGACUCCGUUACACUGUGCCUCGUGGAGAGGGCAUGUCAAUAUCGCCCACCUCCUUCUAGAAAAUGGGGCUUUUGUUGAUGCCCAGUGCUUACAAGGAGCUACCCCCCUCUGUAUCUCUGCUCAAGAGGGACACGAAGAGCUGGCCAAGGUGCUGCUGGAUGAGGGAAAGGCCAGCCCCUUCCAUGCAGACCACUAUGGACGCACGCCGAUAAGGGUUGCAGCCAAAGGAGGACACCUCUCCAUUGUAAACCUCUUGGAGAAACAUGGCGUUCCACCAUACAAAGGCUUGAUGGGAAAUCGUCCAGAGAAAGACACUAUUCAGAAAGGAGUGGUGGAAGGGAGUGGUGGUAGCUGGUCUACACUUUCUCCAGUGUCUACAGGUAGCCAAUCACUGGACAACUCUCUAAAGAGCUCCAAAGGAUCAAUAUUAACCUCAUCCACUUACCACUCUCAGGCAACCGUGCCAGCAGACAGUCUGACUUUCACCCAGCAGGUUCAGCAGCACUCUCUUCCUCGCAGCCGUUCGCGCCAAGCCUUGGCCCUCACUGGCGUGCUUAGUGGCCAAGUCCUCUCUGAACUGAAACUCGCCCAAGUUUCACCUGCGUCAACCCUAGAUCAGACCUCCAGCCCCCAUCACGAUCGGGACAGAUCCGAAGUGGUUGGUGUGCUCUCUAGGAACCCAAGUUCCCCAGACCGCGAGUUAAAGAGGAACGGUAUUCUCACAAACCCAAAAUAUGGCAGCCCCACUUAUUCUCGUUUCAAGGCCGGCGAUUGUAUCUUCUCUCCAAACCGGACCUCCAGCCCCAAGUCCUACAACAGGCCAACAGACCCCGAGGACGACCAAAACAAAAUCAGCAGUUCUGGAUAUUCUUCAAGCCAAGCAGGCACAGAGAGGGAUCGGACCUACAAACAGACUGCGGACUCGGCGGAAAACACUAAAAAUGUUACGCAAUUCCCUACCAAAACCGGGAAACCGGCGACUUCACCCCAGAAAAUUGGGACUUCUGGGUAUUCUCCGUGGAAGAGUUCUCCUAUGACCCCCUCCACGAAAACCAUGGAACCUGUUUAUCCCCUAAAGAAGACCCCAAAUCAAGUGUCGCCCCCUCAAAAGUGCGAGGACCCCAUCUACUUUGCGAAAAAGCCUGUGGACUUUGUGUUCUCUCCUAUGGGAGCUCCAGAUGGUGCGUCCUCACCUGUUGGAACCGCAACGGAACCACAAUAUUGUACGACCACGGACCAAACCGGCUCGCCAAGCCCACUGAACUCUCCAGUUAUCUCCAUGACCACUAUGGACCCUCAGCUCCACCUUAAGCAGGUCAUCAAGCUGCAGUUCGAGGGGCGCACGUGUGGAUUUAACUUCAGGAAGGAGACUCCACUGUGA